GUGGUGUAGUACUAUCGAUUCACUUACUCAUCUAGAUCUAGAAACGACUGAUCUUUGAUGUUGAAAUUUGUUUUAGCGAUGGUGACACAGCUGCGGAUAGACAAAGUUUGUCGCGCAUAUGAAGCCAAACAAAAAGUUGAGAGACAUGAAGGCGCGCGGUGUUCUUAAAGAUGAGGAGCGAACUACGAGACUAACGCAAUAUUUUUUCUCAGUAAAGAGCACUCAUCUGCUUUUUUUGUCGAGUGACAAUGAGAAAGAUUGUUUUUUCAGGUGAUUCCUAAACGUGUAAUUUCGGCAUCUUAGCUGUUAGCCAAGGACGAGAAAGUACGCUUACUCGUGUCAGAUAUCUCCAAGUGUCAAGGAAUUUAUAUCUGUUGAAAUGUUAUUUCUGGAACUCGAGUUGUACAUGCUGGUUAACAAUGCUGUGUAGAGCAAGUUUCUGUGUAAAUUUCUCGUACUUGUUGAGAGAAGCGCUCUUCGGCUGCGGUUCGUUGUCUCUACUGAGUUUCUGCUUGUGAUAAUCGUGUAGUUCUUCUUUAAUGAACCUGCUUCCAACGUCACUAACAGGCUCGAAGACAUUUCCUGACCUCAUUCAACAUUCUGCGUCCGCCUCCAUAACAUACAAGUUAGUUGAUAUAGUACCUCCUGCUUUGGUAUUUGAGAUUUUCGCCUUUAUUGUUGGUGCUGAAUAUAGUCAUCGUCUUCAUCAAUUCUGGCGUCACAUAGUCAUAGUUGAACAUGUUAAUUAACUGAUUGAAAGGGCGGUGGCAUAUAGUCCUAACGCAAAAAAAAAAUAGAUAGUCUUCGAUCAAGAACGGUCAUAACAGGGACAUACACGUGACUUCAUCAAUUCUCCUCGUUCUUUCAUAAACUUCUAAUUUUUAUAGGGCGUAUCGGGUUGAGCGGGGGCAUAGGUGGGGGCUUGAUAUGACUGCAUACAACUACUAGUAUCGCGUUUCAUUCUGUGAUUGUGUCUCAUCUCUCUUUCUGCUCAGAAUUGCGGAUAAUUAUUCCAUUUCCAAUAUCGACGUCAAUCCAUCAAUUUCAAUAUUUGAAGAAUAUUCUUCUACAGUUCUUCUUUUUCACCAGUCUUACUGCUAAGAUAAGAACUACUAGACAAGAUGGCGAUCAACUUGGACAAAGCUAUCGGCAUCUUCAACGAGAGCAUGCGAAAGCCGAUCCCCGUGAACACAUGUCCAACGACCGUGACUGAACAUGUGAGCCAAUGGCCAGCACCAGGCAAAAGACCGCCGAACCCGGCAGUCGCGCACGUAGGGCGCGUUCCUCUGACCAAUUGGCAGCAGUGGACAGCUGCACAUCAUGACUCCGAAAAAAUUCGUUUCUACAUCAAAACAGUAAACGGACGCUGUGUGCCAGUAGAGAUGCGACCAACCAACACGGUGCUAGCGCUCAAGUUAUGAAGAUGAAACUAAUGUUGAGUUGUAAGUAAUCUGUUUCCGUAUCCGUUUUUUUAAAAGUAGAAUAAGUACGAAGAUCAUUAUCUAUCAUCAAUUUUUACUAGUUUCCAUUUUAUCAGCCUAUAAUUGGAAUAACAGCAUACAUUAUCAUGGUAUAUCAUCAUAUGUUCAUGAUGUAGAUGUAGCUUUGCAACCAAAAGAUGAAAAAAUAGAGAUGGGCUUUUGUUCUAAUCGAGCAGCAGAUCAAAGAGCAGGAAGGAAUUCCUUUGCACAUGAUUCGCUUGCGCACGAUGACCGGCUUAGAACUUGAAAAGGAGAAUGUGACUCUCGAAAGCUUGGGCUUUACACUCGAAGCUGCCAUCGGCGAUCCCAACGCCGUGACCCUACGUAUGCAGGCCCGAGACUCGGUUUUGUGGCGUUGAGCGUCUACUUUGACGAAGUGCAAGCUGGCCUUGAUGCUUUGUUGCAGAUUUUUCACGUGGAGCGGAACUGCGGCCCAAUGAUAAGAAGGUGAAAUUACUACUAUCUACGACAUCACAUCAAACUUAUGUUUGCCUUGCCCUUUCGUUGUCUUCGUUGUGUCGAAGUUGAUCUUGAUAUUAUUUACGGAAUAAUUUUGCGGGCAAGCGCGCAUGCCCGAUGGAGAUAUCCGCAUACAGCCGAAAAGUUGUAAUGAACAUGAAUGGGAUUGGGAUGAGCUACUUCGAGCAAACUAGGUGGAUACUCGAAUAAUCUUGAAGGGCGGCUCGUGUACUAAAUUUCGCGUACUAAAUGUCCGUCCAAAAUGAAUAACCCUGAGAAAAUGAACUAUUUCAUGGUGCAACGUGGAUCAUUUAUUUCAUAUUUUGUAAAUGAUAGGAUCAUUAGGAAUAUAGCACAAGAAUAGACGACAAGAGGGUCCUCGUACUACUAGACACGGACAACUUCUAUCUCUAACGAUAUUGUCCCCAUUCCGAACUUUUUGGUUUUUCGUUGAUUAGACAAAGUAUUGCGCAAGAACAUGACCUGGGUAAAUUUAGGAAUAU